AUGCUGGCCUGGCUUGCUUUGCUGCUGAUAGAGUUUCUGAGGCCAGGAGCGCAAGGCAACUUGUUGGACAGCAUGCUGUUGAGGAAUGCCUGGAAGAGGGAGUCGCAGCGAAGGGCCGACAAGAACAACGACAGCGGUAACGCAGUCACUGUCAAGGUCCAAAACAUGCUGUGGUGUCACUGCAACCAGCACUGCCCUGAAGACUCUGCUAACAACAGUUGCAUGACGAAUGGUUACUGCUUCACAAUGGUGGAGGAGGAAGAGGAGGGAGGUCUGCUCAUAUUCACAUUGGGCUGCUUGGGCCUGGACGGAUCGGAGUUCCAGUGCAGAGACAUGUGGAAAAAUCGCUUCAGGAGAUCUCUGGAGUGCUGCACAGAUCAUGACUACUGCAACCGCAACCUUCACCCUACUCUUCCUCCCUUGCGUACUACAGAUUACACGAACAGCAGUGUCCAUUACUUGGUCCUCCUGAUCUCUAUCACAGUUUGCACCAUAUUUCUCAUCAUUGUUCUCAUCAUCUGCUGCAUCAGAUACAGGCGUCAGGAUUCUGAGCCGCGUUAUAGCAUCAACCUAGACCAGGACUACUCCUACAUUCCUCCUGGGGAGUCACUCAAGGACCUCAUCGAACAUUCACACAGCAUUGGCUCUGGCUCGGGCUCAGGGCUCCCCCUACUGGUUCAGCGCACAAUCGCCAAGCAAAUUCAGAUGGUGAAGCAGAUUGGUAAAGGGCGCUACGGGGAAGUGUGGAUGGGCAAAUGGCGAGGCGAGCGAGUGGCCGUCAAAGUGUUCUUCACCACCGAAGAAGACAGCUGGUUUAGAGAGACUGAAAUCUACCAGACCUUCCUCAUGCGACAUGACAACAUUCUGGGCUUCAUAGCAGCUGACAUUAAGGGCACGGGCUCGUGGACGCAGUUGUACCUCAUCACAGACUACCAUGAGAACGGCUCGCUUUACGACUACCUCAGAUGCAAUACGCUGGAUGCUGGCGCUCUGAUCAAGCUGGCAUACACUUCUGUAUCGGGCCUGUGCCACCUUCACACCGAGAUCUACGGCACGCAGGGCAAGCCAGCCAUUGCCCACCGAGACCUCAAGAGCAAGAAUGUCUUGGUCAAGAGGAAUGGCACGUGCUGCAUUGCAGAUCUCGGCCUGGCUGUCAAGAUGAACAGUGACACCAAUGAGGUGGAUGUGCCGCCCAAUCUGCGAGUGGGCACCAAGCGCUACAUGCCCCCUGAGGUCCUGGAUGAGACUUUGAACAGGUCUUACUUCCACUCCUUCAUGAUGGCUGACAUGUACAGCUUUGGCCUCAUUAUGUGGGAGAUGGCACUACGCUGCAUCACCGGAGGCAUUGUGGAGGAGCACCAGCUCCCAUAUUAUGACCUGGUAGUCUCGGACCCCACCUAUGAUGACAUGAGAAAGGUGGUCUGUGUCCAGCAGCAAAGGCCGGCAUUCGCCAACCGUUGGGCCAGUGAUGAGUGUUUACAUCAGGUAGCAAAACUGAUGUCGGAAUGUUGGGUGCACAAACCCGCUGCCCGCCUCACCGCCUUGAGGGUGAAGAAGACCCUCGCCAGGAUGUUGGAGUCUCAGGACAUCAAGCCGUGA